UAUUAUAUAUUUCCUUAACAAACAUGGACGCUUGCACAGUACGUACAUUCAUUACGGUUUGGUUUUGGCUUGCGCAUCUUGGACGGAAUGAAGGAAAACUGAUGUACAUAGCCGUCAGGCUUCCUUUGAAGGGCGAGAGGUCACCGCCGGGAUCCCCAUGGCCGCUACCAGCACAAUGGUCGAAAGGUUCCGAAAAUCGGACACUGGAUCCACGCACCUUCACUAUCACCAGCGAUCUCGACAAGUGUGAUAUUAUCGAUAAAGCAAUCGAUCGAUAUUCCGAUAUCGUAUUUGGCGAUGUGCAGUGGAGUGUGGCCCCGCAUUUGGAAUCCCUCAAAGGGUUGGAGAUCAAGGUGUUGGAUAAAACCUGCACGGGGUAUCCGCAAAUACACAUGGAUGAAUCGUAUAAUGUAUCCGUGUCGGAUACCGCUACUCUCAGAUCGGUCUCUGUGUGGGGAGCACUAAGAGGAUUGGAAACAUUCAGUCAGCUAGUGUAUGUAGAGAAUGGACAUUACAUGAUUCGCACAGACACAAUACAGGACCGUCCUCGUUAUACACACAGGGGGUUGAUGAUCGACACGGCAAGACACUACAUACCCGUACCUUUUAUACUGAAACAGCUGGACGCCAUAGCCUACAACAAGAUGAACGUGUUACAUUGGCACAUUGUUGACGAUCAGUCCUUUCCGUAUGUCAGCUCGUCAUUUCCGGAAUUGGCCGAAAAGGGGGCGUAUUCACAAUCCCAAAUCUACACCCCAAAAGACGUAAAGGACAUCAUAGAGUAUGCUCGUCUAAGGGGUAUUCGAGUAAUCCCCGAAUUCGACACCCCAGGACACACACAGUCAUUUGGAAAAGCAUUCAAGUAUCUUAUGACUACAUGUUGGUUUAAUAACACCCCAGCCACCGCCGAGUACGGCCAACAUGCACGAUAUGAGAAUUUCGACCCGACCAAAAACACGACAUAUGAAUUUCUUGCUAAAUUCUUCACCGAAAUAAAAGACGUGUUCAAAGACAGUUUUAUCCACAUGGGAAUGGACGAAGCACACUACAUGUGCUGGCAGUCGAGUCCCAACAUAUCCGAGUUCAUGAAGCAGCAGGGGUACCGCGCAGACGACUACUUCAAAGUGGAGGAGUACUACGUCAAGAAAGCCCUUGACAUCAUAUCCGGUUUGAACAAACGCUACAUCAUCUGGCAGGAUCCUGUGGAGCAUAACGUCACGGUAAGCAAAGAGUCCAUCAUACAAGUUUGGAAAAACAAGCCUCAGUGGCCGGAGAACUUCCACGACUGGCGGGUGUACAUGCAGAAAGUGGCGUCCUCGGGCUACAAGAUCGUCUUUUCGUCCUGCUGGUAUCUGAAUAACAUCAGAAAGGAGUCGUCAUGGCAACCCUAUUACUUAUGCGAUCCAGAGGACUUUGAUGGCACUCAACAAGAAAAAAAAAACAUUGUUGGAGGUGAAGCCUGUUUAUGGGCGGAACACGUGGAUGAGACAAACAUGAUUCCAAGAACAUGGCCCCGGGCGUCGGCAGUGGCUGAACGACUCUGGAGCCCCAAGACUGAAAACAACACAGACAGUGCACAGUUCCGACUCCACGAACAGAGGUGCAGGAUGAAGAGACGAGGGAUUUCCUCCGAGCCUCUGGGCCCUGGUUCCUGUGAUCCCUACCACGAGUCUGUUCAGUUUAAACCACCCCACACCUCGGAGAAGAAACCUCGACCAGUCUGUUCGACGGGAAACGAAGGAUAUGCGCCUAAUGCUGCCUUUGUGGUCAUCUUCAGUCUGUUAACCGUUCUUAACUGGGUUAACUAAGGACUUUGUAUGAACUGUUUUAACCCUAGUCUCACCUUUAUGAGAAAUAUGUUUAUUUUUAUUUAUUUUUCGUGUUUUUUAGGGGGCGGAUAGGUGGAACCAGUAAAGUGUUCAGAAUUUAGGGCCGUAGUUUGAGGGGGUGGCACAAAUACUGAUUGUUGAUAUUAAGUAUGUAUCUGCCCUGAAGUGGCUGCAAAAUUGUAUUUCAGAGGCUUUAUAUUUCAAAAUGUCCAGGGGUACAUGCCCCGGGACCCCACAGAGUCUUGCCCCUCCCAUGCUCAUUCGUUCCAAGAAUUCAUCUGCACCCUCCCCCCAAAAUCCUGGAAUUACGUUUUAACUAACGUUAAUAGACAAAUGUUUUGAGUAUCUCUAUAUUACACAUACUUUUAGUAUGACUUUAAAAUAGUUGUAUGUCUUCGUGAUUACAAAAUAUUCAUAGAUAAAUUCAUAUAUGCAUGUAUCAGAAUAUCACAUUCUAUUCUAUAAACAUGGUGUGUAUUAAGAUUUGUUUUUAGUUUAACUAUGACCUAAGGUUUCAUUAUUCAUAUUCUGAAACAUGAUAAAAGCGAAAUUAAAAGGACUAUCCUUAGCUUACAACCACUGUAUUUUGCAUCCAAAUAAUAAAUAAUUUUUAACAACAUCUA